UCUCAUUCAGCCGCAGUCUCUCUCCUCUCUCCCCCGGAGAAAUCCAACAGCUCGUAGAGAAACCCAGAAUCUACCAAAAACCCAGGGGGAAGGACCCGAAUCGAAGAGAGCGAACCCAAAUUUUCAGACGAACAAGAAGAAGAUGAGCAUAUGGAACUACGUCGUCACGGCUCACAAACCCACCAAUGUCACCCACUCAUGCGUCGGCAACUUCACCAGUCCCCAGGAGCUUAAUCUCAUCGUCGCGAAGUGCACCCGUGUUGAAAUUCAUUUGCUAACCCCUCAGGGUCUCCAGCCUAUGCUAGAUGUUCCUAUAUAUGGAAGAAUUGCAACACUGGAGCUGUUUCGUCCCCAUGGUGAAGCGCAAGAUUUUCUGUUUAUUGCAACUGAGAGAUACAAGUUUUGUGUUCUUCAAUGGGAUGCCGAGUCCUCAGAGCUCAUUACGAGAGCAAUGGGAGAUGUAUCUGAUCGCAUAGGUCGACCAACAGAUAAUGGUCAGAUUGGUAUCAUCGACCCUGAUUGUAGGUUAAUUGGACUCCAUCUGUAUGACGGGUUAUUUAAGGUCAUUCCAUUUGAUAAUAAAGGACAACUCAAGGAAGCGUUUAACAUAAGGCUGGAGGAAUUACAGGUCCUGGAUAUCAAGUUUUUGUAUGGAUGUUCAAAACCCACAAUUGCAGUUCUUUAUCAGGAUAACAAAGAUGCUCGGCAUGUUAAAACUUAUGAAGUUUCUCUGAAGGAUAAGGAUUUUAUUGAGGGGCCCUGGUCACAGAACAAUCUAGAUAACGGUGCUGACCUUUUGAUACCUGUACCCCCACCUCUAUGUGGUGUCCUUAUCAUCGGAGAAGAAACUAUUGUCUAUUGCAGCGCCAACGCAUUCAAAGCAAUACCAAUAAGACCUUCGAUCACAAAAGCCUACGGAAGAGUUGAUGCUGAUGGCUCUCGGUAUCUUCUUGGUGACCAUGCCGGGCUUGUUCACCUGCUUGUCAUAACGCAUGAGAAGGAAAAGGUCACGGGUCUGAAAAUCGAGCUUUUGGGUGAAACAUCAAUUGCAUCUACCAUAUCAUAUCUUGACAAUGCAGUUGUCUUUGUUGGCUCAAGCUAUGGCGAUUCACAGCUUAUAAAGCUAAAUCUACACCCUGAUGCAAAAGGCUCAUAUGUUGAAGUCUUGGAAAGGUAUGUCAACCUGGGGCCUAUUGUCGAUUUCUGUGUAGUUGACCUUGAAAGGCAGGGGCAAGGCCAGGUUGUUACUUGCUCCGGAGCAUAUAAAGAUGGUUCUCUCCGCAUAGUUCGUAAUGGGAUAGGAAUCAACGAACAGGCUUCCGUGGAACUUCAAGGUAUCAAAGGGAUGUGGUCACUGAAAUCAUCCAUUGAUGACCCCUUUGACACCUUCCUUGUCGUUAGUUUUAUCAGUGAAUCGCGUAUCUUAGCCAUGAACUUAGAGGAUGAACUGGAAGAAACAGAGAUUGAGGGUUUCUUGUCUCAAGUGCAGACUUUAUUUUGCCACGAUGCUGUCUUCAAUCAGCUUGUACAAGUUACUUCAAAUUCUGUUAGACUGGUCAGUUCUACUACAAGAGAAUUGCGUAAUGAAUGGCACGUCCGACCUGGAUAUACUGUUAAUGUUGCGACUGCAAAUGCCAGCCAGGUUCUUUUGGCUACUGGAGGUGGGAAUCUGGUUUAUCUAGAAAUUGGAGAUGGGACGUUGACGGAAGUGAAACAUGAGAAGUUGGAUUAUGAGAUUUCUUGUCUUGAUAUAAAUCCUAUUGGCGAGAAUCCUAACUACAGUCAGCUAGCUGCAGUGGGAACGUGGACAGAUAUAAGUGUGAGAAUUUUUUCGCUACCAGAAUUGACUCUUCUCACAGAGGAGAAACUAGGAGGAGAGAUAAUACCUCGGUCUGUUCUUCUCUGUGCAUUUGAAGGGAUAUCCUACUUGCUAUGUGCUCUUGGAGAUGGUCAUCUUCUAAACUUCCAGUUAGACACUAGAACUGGGGAAGUAAGAGACAGAAAAAGAGUAUCACUAGGGACUCAGCCUAUAACACUUCGUACAUUUUCAUCAAAAAAUGCAACACAUGUCUUUGCUGCAUCAGACAGGCCGACAGUAAUUUACAGUAGCAACAGAAAGCUUCUAUACAGCAACGUCAAUCUGAAAGAAGUUAGUCAUAUGUGUCCUUUCAACUCUGCUGCUUUUCCGGAUAGCUUAGCCAUUGCCAGAGAAGGGGAACUUACUAUUGGCACAAUUGAUGAUAUUCAGAAGCUUCACAUACGCACUAUUCCUCUUGGAGAGCAUGCUCGUCGUAUCUGUCAUCAAGAACAGACACGGACGUUUGCUAUCUGUAGUUUGAGAAACCAACCAAAUGCAGAAGAAUCUGAAAUGCAUUUUGUUCGUCUCUUAGAUGACCAAACUUUUGACUUUUUGUCAACUUACCCCUUGGAUGCCUUUGAAUAUGGCUGCUCCAUCCUCAGCUGUUCUUUUACCGACGAUAAAAACGUAUAUUACUGUGUUGGGACAGCAUAUGUUUUGCCCGAGGAAAACGAACCAACCAAGGGAAGGAUCUUGGUUUUUGUUGUGGAAGAAGGGAGGUUGCAGCUGAUUGCCGAGAAGGAAACCAAGGGAGCUGUAUAUUCUCUUAACGCCUUCAAUGGCAAACUGCUCGCUGCCAUUAAUCAGAAGAUUCAGUUGUACAAGUGGAUGCUCCGGGAUGAUGGAACUCGUGAGUUGCAGUCUGAAUGUGGACAUCAUGGACACAUACUAGCUCUCUAUGUUCAGACCCGUGGAGAUUUCAUCGUCGUUGGUGACCUGAUGAAAUCAAUUUCCUUAUUGAUCUACAAGCAUGAGGAAGGAGCAAUCGAGGAACGGGCACGAGACUAUAACGCGAACUGGAUGUCAGCAGUUGAGAUUCUCGACGAUGACAUCUACCUCGGCGCUGAAAACAACUUCAACUUACUGACAGUGAGGAAGAACAGCGAAGGGGCUACAGAUGAAGAACGAGGGCGACUAGAGGUGGUCGGCGAAUACCACCUCGGAGAGUUUGUGAACAGAUUCCGCCAUGGAUCUCUCGUCAUGAGAUUGCCUGACUCUGAAAUCGGGCAGAUUCCAACAGUGAUUUUCGGGACAGUGAAUGGAGUAAUCGGAGUGAUAGCAUCACUGCCACAAGAGCAAUACAUGUUCCUGGAGAAACUGCAAGCCAACCUGAGGAAAGUGAUAAAGGGAGUGGGAGGGUUGAACCAUGAACACUGGAGAUCGUUCAAUAACGAGAAAAGGACUGCAGACGCGAGGAAUUUCCUGGACGGGGACCUGAUCGAGUCGUUUGUGGAUCUAAGCAGAAGUAAGAUGGAGGAAAUCUCCAAAGCCAUGAAUGUUCCAGUGGAGGAGCUCUGCAAGAGAGUAGAGGAACUCACUAGGCUUCAUUGAGUGAAUAUAAUGGAGCUUUUGUUUAAUCUUCUUAAUGACCUUUUUUUUUUCUUCUGAGUUCUUGUUUUCUUGUUUGGGGUUGUGACAUUUUGUCUUGUAAAAAACCUUGUCUGUCGGUGGUUUAAGAGCGAGGGAAGUUUCAUGGUUAUGUCCUAAAGUUGUCAUGUCUCAAAUUCAGGUGACUGAGAGAUGCUUUUCCAUGCGAAAUAGUUAUCUGUUUCUGAGUUA